AUGUUUUUGUUUUCAAAUUUGAGUGGGUUUUCUCCAGAAUCGAUACGAUUGAUUGAUGAACUGGUUGAUCAGGUAACAAGGGAUGGAAGAGCAUGUGCUAUGAUUACUACCAACCAGGAGUAUGUAAGCAAGCUGCUGACAUUUUCUAUCCCAACCAUAGCAGUUAUCAGAGGUCAUGCAGUAGGAGCUGGCUGUAUAUUUGCACUGGCUCAUGUCUACAGGCUAAUGAUCUCAAGCCGUGGUUACAUAUUCAUGAACGAGAUUGACUUGGGACUGCCACUGACGCCAGGAAUCAUGGCUGUUCUUCGUUCGAAGUUACACCCAUCCUCCUUUCAGGAAGCAAUACUCACAGGAAAACGAUACAAUGGGAAAGAAGCAGCCGCUGCUGGGAUAGUCCAUGUGGCAGCCAUGGAAUAUGAAACAAAGAAUUGGAAAAGAGAGGUGUUUCAUGCGCUGAAAAUGGAGAUGUUCAAAACCACAGUGAGAGAGCUUGAAAAUGGAGGAGUAGGGUUUGCAAGGAUGUGA